AUGCGCAGUGCGCGCCCUGCCUGUUUGAAGCAGAAUGGCGGUGCUGCUGGAAACAACUUUAGGAGACCUUGUAGUGGAUUUAUACACAGAGGAGAGACCCAAAGCUUGCUUAAACUUCGUAAAGCUAUGUAAGGUCAAGUUCUACAACUACUGCCUCAUUCACAAUGUUCAGAGAGAUUUCAUCAUUCAAACUGGUGACCCUACAGGGACGGGGCGAGGAGGAGAGUCAGUAUUCUGUAAGCUCUAUGGGGAUCAGGCUCGGUUCUUCGAUGCUGAGAAAGUGCCCCGGAUCAAGCACAAGAAGAAGGGAACCGUUUCCAUGGUGAACAACGGCAGUGACCAGCAUGGCUCUCAGUUUCUGAUCACUACAGGAGAGAAUCUAGACUAUUUGGAUGGCGUUCACACCGUGUUUGGGGAGGUAACAGAAGGCAUGGAUGUCUUGGCCAAAAUAAACGAAGCUUUCGUGGACAAGGAUUUUGUUCCUUAUCAGGACAUCAGAAUAAAUCACACAGUGAUUCUGGAUGACCCGUUUGAUGACCCCCCAGAUCUGCCGGUGCCGGACCGCUCUCCAGAACCCACUAAAGAACAGCUGGAUAGCGGCCGUAUUGGAGCAGAUGAGGUGGUAGAUGAUGCUGAAGGGAAGGAUCCUGAGGAGCUGGAUGAGUUACUAAAAGAAAAGGAAGCAAAGACUCAGGCCAUACUCUUGGAGAUGGUGGGUGACCUGCCUGAUGCAGACAUCAGGCCUCCGGAAAACGUGCUGUUUGUGUGUAAGCUGAACCCAGUCACCACAGAUGAGGACUUGGAGAUCAUCUUCUCCCGCUUUGGCCCAAUCCAGUGUUGUGAGAUUAUCAGAGACUGGAAAACGGGCGAAUCUCUGUGCUACGCUUUCAUAGAGUUUGAAAAGGUGGACGACUGUGAGAAAGCGUACUUUAAGAUGGACAACGUGCUAAUCGAUGACAGACGCAUCCAUGUGGACUUUAGCCAGUCUGUGUCCAAGAUCAAAUGGAAAGGCAAAGGUGGGAAGUACACUAAAGAUGACUUCAAGGCCUAUGAGAAAGACCUGGACAACAGAUCCAAACUGGCUCUAAAAGACAAAGCCAAACCCAAGCAAGACUCCCGUUACGAGCUUCUCCUAGAUGAUGACGAGGAGCAAGUCGAUCGGAAGGAGGACAGGAAACCGCGAGAGAAGAGGCGACAGUCAGAUGAUGAAGAUGGCAGGAAGUCAAAGAAAUCAAAGGACUCAGACGAAGGCCGGAGAGACCGGAAAGAGGGCCGGCAGCGUUCGCGAUCUCGCUCCAGAGACAGAGACAGGGAGAAGGACAGGCAUAGAGAUAGGGACAGAGAGAGGGACAGAGAUAGAGAACGAGAGAGAGACAGUCACCACAAACACGGUAAGCACAAGGAGAAGAGCCACAAACGGGAUCGCAGUCGAAGCCCUAAGAAAUCAAAGGACAAAGAACGCAGCAGACAUCGCUGAGGCUGAGCUGCUGACUUCACACUGACACAGUCUAAAGAUGUUUUACACACACAAAUUCCCAUCUCAAUACCACCUUAUAUUUUUUAUGGUGUGUGAAGAUCAUGAAGAAGGGACCAACAGAGGUGGUCCAAAAUUACAUGGAAUAAAAUGGCGUUAAAUUAACAUUACAUUGACAUUAAGAAUGUUUUUUUUUCACCUGUGAAUUAGACUUUAAGGGGAAUCCCACUGAUUCUUUCAAGAUUUUUGCAUAAAUCAAUUGUAAAAAUAUAAAUAAAGUCAUUGUGAGGUAUCAGAUGUGAAAUGCUUUAGUUCUAGAGAAACUUCCAGACUCUGAUCACAGUGGUGGUGAUGGGAACCAGAUAUCUGCUUCUGAAAACCGCCUCAGAGAAAGCUAUUGUAUGAAAUGGCUACUGAUAUGCUACCUGUUGUCUGGGGCAUUAUUUUAUGAUCAUUUUGAGAUAAGCUUUAGCCUAAAACUAUUUUUAUAAUGCAUUCAUCCACUAUUUUAUCAUCAAUAACAUUUCAUAUAGAAACACAAAAGUAGGCACACGUUGGAUCUCUGCAUUGUUUGUAAACUGGCUAAAUUUGCAUUGCAGCCAUAGCAACCACUGGUUCCUGUCACCGCUACUGUAAACCAGUCUGGGCUUUUUCUACCAUGAACAAGAAAAAGUGGUGGAAUUCCCUUUUAAAGUACAAGCUGUCUCCUUAGUGUAUCUACAGAGUUUAGGGGUCAUUCCACAAAGAGGAUUGGUGUUCACUGCUGUAAUCUACCCGUCAUCCAUCAAAUCAGGUUUUUUUCAAUAAUGUUUUUUGGCUUUGGUCUAAUUUUGCUGAUCUUUGAAUUUAUAAACUUUCAGACAAA